UUCUUCGAUUUCGUGGUUAAUUUUGAAUAUCGCUGCCUGUGAAGUACCAGAAUUAAGUUCCAAAACGCCGUUAUUCCUUAUCAUUUCCGUUAUCCAUCUUUUUAGUAAAAAGUUUUUACGUCAGUGACCAUCUUGUGUCCACAGCCUAUCGCGAUUACCUUUGUCAGCAAAGGGGAUCUGCUUCAUGGCGCCAGCACGGAAAAAAGCGGACAGCCGUAAGGUGAAAGGUCUGAAAAGAUUCAUGCAGAAGAAAGGCCGAAAAAGAUACCCCUGCACAAUCGAAGGGUGCCGGAAGGACUACGCUUCCCGGGCUGGUCUACUGGAGCACGAGAAAACACACGGAGGUCAGGGUGAAUUCAAGUGCAAAUUCGAUGGAUGCGAAUUUAGGCAGCAUCAGAAAAUCAAUUUGGAGGCGCACUACCGCAGCAAAAAGCACAACGGAGAACAACCGUUCGAGUGCUCGGAAUGUGGCAAGAAAUUCUCCCAGCAGGGGAAUCUGGACACCCACAAGAAGACUCAUAUCUAUGAACCUGACCAAAGGCCGUUCGCUUGUCCCGUAUGCGAUUUCCGAGCAAACCAGAAAAACAACUGCUCGGAGCACAUUAGAAACGUUCAUCCAGGUAAUCUUCGUGUUUUGACAAAUUUUCCACUAGUACGAUGUACCGAAAAUCAAGCUGGUAAGAAUCCGGAAAUCCGAUGCUGCAGUUAAGCGGCAAGGAUUGAUGA